UUGUAAGUUUCCCUUUUCAAUUCAAUAUUUAUUGCAUGAUCAUCUAUGGUUGUCACAAGCACACAUGAGUUGGAGGGAGGAACUGUUUCAAAUUACGACAGGAAAAGUGAAUUGAAAGAAUUUGAUGAUUCAAAAGCUGGUGUGCAAGGACUUGUAGAAAAUGGUGUCACAAAUGUCCCACAAAUGUUCUAUUGUGAACAAUCUAGUAUGAAUGAUUUUUCAGUCAAUGAUUCAAAUUCAAAUGUUAGUAUCCCUACAAUUGACCUAACAGGAAUCCAUGAUGAUCUUGUUUUGAGAGAUGAAGCUGUGAGAAAAGUUGAAAAUGCAUGUGAGAAGUGGGGAUUCUUUCAAGUAAUAAAUCAUGGAAUUUCAGCUCAUGUUUUGGAUGAGAUGAUCAAAGGAACUUGUAGAUUUCAUCAACAAGAUGUUAUGGUAAGGAAAGAGUAUUACACACGUGAUCCUAACAAGAAAGUUGUUUACGUUUCUAAUUAUAGUCUUUACCAUGAUCCUGCUGCUAAUUGGAGGGACUCACUUGGUUUUUCCAUGGCACCAAAUCCACCAAAAUCAGAAGAAUUUCCCGAAGUUUGCAGAGAUAUUGUGAUUGAAUACUCAGAAAAAGUAAUGGUGUUUGCUUCUACAUUGCUUGAGUUAUUGUCAGAAGCUCUAGGGCUAAACAGAUUUCACCUUAAAGAAAUGGGGUGUGCUGAAGGGUUGAUUGUUCUAUGUCACUAUUACCCUCCAUGUCCUGAACCUGAAUUAACUAUGGGAAAUACCAAUCACACAGACAAUGACUUCAUAACUAUACUUUUGCAAGAUCAUAUUGGCGGCUUACAAGUUCUUCAUGACGAUCAAUGGAUUGAUGUAACUCCUAUCAAUGGAGCUCUUGUCGUAAACAUUGGUGAUCUUUUGCAGCUUGUAACUAAUGACAAGUUCAUUAGCGUUCAACACAGAGUUUUAGCAAAGCAUAUAGGUCCAAGAAUUUCAGUAGCAUCAUUGUUUAGAACAGAUGAUGAAUCAAUAGUUUAUGGUCCAAUCAAGGAACUAUUAUCUGAAGAAAACCCACCACUGUACAGGGAUGUUUCUUUAAAAGACUACUCAACACAAUAUUAUGCAAAGGGCAUUGGAACUUCUGCAUUAUCACACUUCAAAUUGUGAUUAUGAACAACUGCAGGCAUUUCUUAUCGCUUUUGAUUUUAGAUUUUUGUAGUGAACAUUUUUAUGAUUUUAGAUUUUUUCUAGUCGCAUUCACAAAAUAUCCAGUUACACCCAAAUUUUAAUAAAAAUUAAAUAAUCAAAAACCAUUUUUUAUUUCUCUCUAAAUAUUUACCUCACAUCUCUUACAAAAACAUCAUUGAAUAUGUUGACCAAAUACAUUCAAAGAUUGAGUCACAAUAUCUCGUUAAUACUCUAUUGUAUAUAUAAAUAAGUGAAUGUGAUGAGAGAAAGAGUUUCAGGUUAUUUUAUUUUGGAAAUUUAACAGUAUUUGUCAUUUCAGGAUGAUGUAACCAGGUCUUAAAGGACUGCCACUAGUAAAAUUCAUGAUUUUAUUUAGGUA